UUAACCGGAAGCUUGUGAUAUUAAAACUUCAAAGCACCUAACAAGAAAUUAGUUUCACCUCCUCUAGUCUGCCACACCAGCAGCACAGUUAUUAUAUUUGAUUGAUGGAUAUAAGCCACUUGGUAUAAAUUUAACAAUUCAUUUGACUUGGAAAUUGUGCUAGACGCGAUUUGCUUUAGGUCUCGCCAAGUAUCGCUUCAAAAAUGUGCAUGCUGAUGACCAACGGGGCUUUAGAUCGCACUAAUUUGGGCACAAGAAGUUUUAUUUGUUUGCGUUCUAAGGGGGCAAGACGUAGCCCAGUGGCAAAGUGCUCGCUCGAUGUGCGGUCGGUCUGGGAUCAAUCCCUCUUCCAAAAUGUGUAUGCUGAUGACUAAAGUUUUCAACUUGACCACUUUGUCCCGACUGACUCUACAUCAUCAUUUAAAACAUCUACAGUCGAAAUCUAUCAUUUCUUUUUCAUCAAAAACACCGGGCUCCAGCUCUGUUAGUUCUCCAGUGGAACACGUUGUACUGGUUUCCGAUUCGACCAACAUUUUCAUCAACUUGGCUCUGGAGGAUUGGAUAUUUGAUCAUGGAGACUUGCGUGCCAAGAGUUAUCUCCUCAUGUGGAGGAACUCUCCAGCGGUUGUUAUCGGCCGUCACCAGAAUCCCUGGAUGGAGUGUAACGUCUCUGAAGCCAGAAGGAGAAAGGUUGAAAUCGUUCGUCGCAGGAGUGGGGGCGGCACAGUUUACCACGAUGAGGGAAACGUCAAUUUUUCCUUUAUCAUGGCGCGUCCACGAUACAACCGCAAGGCCAACCUGGAACUGGUUGUUCAGGCGAUAUUAUCAAGGUGGGACGUGGAUCUGACACUCAAUAAACGCGAUGACAUCAUUUUGAAUGGGGCCUACAAGGUUUCUGGAACAGCGGCUAAGCUGAGUGGUGAUAAAACAUACCAUCAUUUCACCUUUCUCCUAGACGUCAACAAAGAAAACCUCAGUCACCUUCUGCAGUCUAAACUGGUUGGUGUUAAAAGUAAAGCAACUGAGAGUGUCCCUGCAAGUGUGAUGAAUGUAAGGGAGGUCACUCCGCAAAUGACCUUUGAAGAAGUUGUCGGUUCUGUUGGACAUUCAUUUCUUCAAAAUAAUCUGAAUAAGGAGAGUUACAUUGAACAUGUCGAUCCCACAGAAGAAGUGUUUCCUGGCCUGGAAAAAAACAUAGAAAAUCUCCAAUCUUGGGAAUGGAUAUUUGGAAAUACUCCUAAAUUUUCAAUUUUCAGACAUUUCUCUAAUCACAGUAAUGGAACCGUUUACAAUUUGAAAAUAAAUAUGAUAAUCAACAAAGGACGGAUAGAACAGAUUACCAUAGAUCUUUAUUUGGGAAAGGAACAGUGUAGAACUAUGGUAACCGAAACAGACAGUAUUUGUGCGAAAUUGAUGGGCUUGAGGUAUAUUUCGGAGGAGGUGGUAUCAGUGUUGUGUCAGAUUGAGGGCAUGGGGGAGAAGACAUCUUUCAGUGAAGUGAACGACGUUCUGAUAUGGAUAUUAACUUGCAUCAGGCAAUGUUUUUGAUUAAUGAUCAUUAAAGAUCAGCUAUACCA